UGAGCACAGAGCAAGCAGGCAAAGUAGCUGUCUGUUGAAGGUUUCACAUGGUCAUCAACAUGCACCUGAAGAUUGUUAUAGUUCUGUUCCUCUUCUGUGCUGUUUCAGUGCUUAGUAGAUCAUACCGAGGUCCUGGAAAUGUCACUACAAAUUGCUGCACAAGGGUGUCUCGAAAACGGAUUACAUUUCAGAUUACUCAUUACAAGAUACAGCCAGAAUUGUUUCCCUGCAUCAAUGCCAUUGUAUUUUACACUGUGGAGAAAGGACCACUCUGUGCUGAUCCAAGAGCACCCUGGACAAAAAAGAAAAGAAAUGAGAUUGAUGCCAGGAUACAGAAAAGCAUGGCACACUGAAGCUGGAUGAAUUACUUUUGAUUUUUAAGACUGAAAGAAUAUAAAUUAUGAUAUUUUUAAAAGAUUUGUAUGUGUGUAUGUUGAAGAAUUAUUCUGUAAUUUUGUAUUUAUUUCUGUAGGUGCUGUAUAAUUGCAAUGUCGUUCUAUCAAUAUAUUCUGUAUAUAAAAUUGCAAAUUUAUA